AUGACUUUGAUUGUAAUCCUAAGAUCCUUUGAAAGUACCAGAAGUACGGACGACAAAAUCUCUGCCCUGCGUCAGAAGACUAAAGAGGACCCACAUGAUGAUCAAGGGAAAACUAAUUCAAGCACUCUCGAUGGUGCAGGUGCCUCGAGGAACUUCGGUUAUGUCCCCCGAGAAGUAACCGCAGAUCAAGAACACGACAUAAACCCGUUCACAAAUCAGCCCCGUAGUGCACAAUACAAAAAGAUCCUUGAAUCCCGCAAAAAGCUCCCCGUGUUUGCACAUAUGGCCGAGUUCUAUAAGAUGUUCAACAAACACCAAAUCAUCAUCAUGGUCGGCGAGACCGGCUCAGGCAAGACCACACAAAUACCCCAGUUCGUCGCCUACUCAGAUCUUCCGCACACCAAGAACAAGAUUGUGGCAUGCACUCAGACCCGCAGAGUUGCCACCACAGCUGUAGCGGAACGCGUGGCAGACGAGAUGGACGUCCAACUCGGCCACCAAGUCGGUUACUCGAUACGUUUCGAAGACAUGACUGAGCCCGGCACCACCUUCCUCAAAUACAUGACUGACGGAAUGCUCCUCCGCGAAGCCAUGAAUGACCCUGAUCUUACCUGCUACUCCACCAUCAUCCUCGACGAUGCCCAUGAACGCACCCUCGCUACCGACAUCCUCAUGAGCAUGCUCAAAACUCUUGCCCAACGACGUUCAGACCUCAAGCUCAUCGUCAUGUCCGCCACUCUGGACGCUCUCAAGUUCCAGAGGUACUUCGCUAUCUCUAGUAGCACCCUCGCGCCACUCUUUAGGGUCCCCGGCCGUGCAUACCCUGUUGAAGUGUUCUAUACCCAGGUGCCGGAGCCGUACUAUCUCGAGGCUGCCAUCCGCACGGUGCUCAUGGUCCAUUACACCGAGAAACCGGGAGACAUCUUGUUGUUCCUGACGGGUGAGGAGGAGAUAGAAGACGCGUGUCUCAAGAUUCCGUUGUACUCCCGGCUACCGCCUCAACAGCAGCAGCGCAUCUUCGACCCGCCACCCACAGCAAGUAGUCCGGAUGGCCCACCAGGACGCAAGGUCGUCGUGAGCACGAAUAUUGCAGAGUCGUCGCUGACGAUCGACGGGAUUGUGUACGUCGUGGACCCGGGGUUUUCGAAGCAGAAAGUAUACAACCCGCGUACCCGCGUGGAGAGCUUACUUGUGAGCCCAAUCUCCAAGGAGUCUGCACAGCAACGUGCGGGCCGUGCCGGGCGAACGAGGCCGGGCAAAUGCUUUAGGUUGUACACGGAGAAUGACUUCAAGUCGGAGCUCGAGGAGCACACACAUCCUGAAAUUCUGAAGAGUAAUUUAGCGAACACGGUACUGGUGCUUGUCAAGGCAGGGAUUAAGUCAUUGUUGAGGGCGCUGGAGCUAUUGAAUUACCUCUCAGCAUUGGAUGAUGACGGGAACCUCACGGCACUUGGGAGUAUCAUGGCUGAAUUUCCUCUAGAUCCCCAGCUCUCAAAGAUGCUGAUCGUCAGCCCAGAGUUUAAAUGUAGCAACGAGAUAUUGUCGAUCACUGCAAUGUUGUCAGUGCCAAAUGUAUGGCUACGGCCAAGUAACAAGCGAGAAGAGGCGGAUGCUGCAAAGGUGCUGCUUACCGUCCCCGGUGGGGACCACCUAAUGCUUCUGAAUGUGUACAACAACUAUAUUCAAAACCAACACGAUAAAGCGUGGACAUGGACAAACUACCUUUCUGCUCAAGCGCUGAUACAAGCAGAAAACGUGCGCGAGCAACUGAAACGGACAAUGGAGCGGUUUGAGCUAGAGCUUGUGAGCGUGCAAGAUCAGAAGCAGUCGACGGCGAUUGGGCAGGCGCUGUGCUGUGGCUUUUUUAUGCAAGCCGCAUACAAAGUGGGAAAAAUAGGGCAUUAUAUGACAUUCAAGGACAAUCAGGCGCAUUAUUUUGGCUUUGAGUUGUGGUUGGCGUGCUGA